CGAGGACCAGUAACGGCGUAAUGAGGGGCUUCACGGGCUUUUUUGGUAUUCAAUCACCUUUUCCAAGGCAAUAAUGACUUCUUUGCUUCCCCAGGGGGAUGAAAUUAAUCUCCAACUCGGAUGGCCAUCACCGCAACUGUUCCCUGCCGCAGAGCUGAACAACGCAUCAGAGUCAGUGUUGACGAAUCCUGAAAUUGCCAGUCAAUCCUUAAUCUAUGGGCCAAACCGUGGGUACCUGCCGCUCCGUAGCCAUGUGGCACAGUGGCUUGGCAAGACAUACUACCACGACAAAUCAGGAGUAGACGAGGAUCGAGUCUGUAUUGCAGGUGGCGCAUCUCAAAAUUUGGCGAAUAUCUUGCUGAGAUUCACUGAUUCAAGCUACACACGCAACAUUUGGAUGGUCGAGCCUACCUAUUUCCUGGCUUGCCCGAUAUUUGAAGACUGCGGAUUCGUGGGCAAACUUCGCGGUGUACCAGAAGACGAAGAAGGCAUCGAUAUCAGCUUUCUGAGAGACUCGCUGGCCCGGGUUGAAGGAGAACGAGCACAGCUGAAUGGCCAUGAUGCGCCAAGAGUCAAGACGGCUGUCGCUGGCUACGAGAAAAUCUACAAACACGUCAUCUAUUGCGUGCCUACGUUCUCAAACCCAAGCGGUAAAACCAUGUCACUCAGGCGGAGAUACGAGCUCGUCAAUCUAGCCAUAGAGUACGAUGCGCUUGUAGUCUCGGACGACGUUUAUGACUUUCUUUGGUGGCCGGAGAAGAAAUCUUUGUAUCCAUGUCAUACAAAAGUGCGACUGCCCCCGCGGUUAGUAGAUGUCAACAGAGAAAUUGACCCGGACAGCAAGUGGGGCAACACUGUCAGCAAUGGCUCGUUCUCGAAAAUCGUAGCUCCUGGAGUGAGGGUGUCUUGGGCAGAAGCGACGCCUGCGUUUGCAACUUGGCUAGCAAACACGGGCGCAACCUGGUCUGGUGGCAAUCCUGCUCAUCUAUCGUCCACGUUUAUCGAGGACUUGUUUAGCUCGGGAGCGCUGGAAAAGCAUAUCUCCCAGAAACUCAUCCCUACGUAUGCAGCUCGGUACUACGGGAUGGUAGACGCGAUUCAGAAGUAUCUUGAGCCACUUGGUGUCCAGAUCACCACUGGGAGGCCUUUCAGAGCCAAUCUGGUUGAUUCUCAGGACGAGGUGAUUUUGGCUGGCGGCUUCUUCCUCUCACUCACAAUCCCUGAGGGAUAUGCUUCGGCAGCUGUGUUGGCGAAAGCGGCGAUUGAACGGUACAAGCUGAAGUUCGCCUACGGGAAGAUGUUCUUGAUCAAGGGCGACGACGGGAGUGCAAAGCGUUCGCUGAAUACGUUUGCCGACUCCAUCAGGCUUUGUUGGGCGUUUCAUACGGAGAAACAGAUCGAGAUCGGUAUAAAGAGACUGCGAGACGUUCUGUUGGAUCAUAAAACCCUAUGA